AUGAAUAAAAAUAAAAUGGCUUCCAAUACAAAAAUCAGAUCUAAAAUUAAUUUGAAAGAGGAAAAAUUAGCAGAUAUGGGAGCGCAAAUCGACGAGACUGAUGAAAUGAAGCUUAAAAUGCUAGCUGGGCUUGAUAAACCUAAUCCUGAUGACGUUAUUUACCCUGCAGAACUAAAUGCACAUCUGAUUGAACAGCUUAAAAUAAUGACCGGUGAAAAUAACGAGCUACGUAAAACAGUAUACAUGAAAAACGAAGAGAUGAAAGAACUCAAUAAAACAAUCGCAGAUCUCAAACAACGGAUACGCGAUAUCAUAUCCGGCACGGGACCAGCCAUUUCAUCUAAAUCAGCUGGUGUUAUUAGCGCCAAAAUAACCGAUCUCUGCAAACAAAACCGACACUUAGUUUCCGAAGUCGAAAGUUAUAAAACGAAAAAUGCAGCUCUUGAACGUAAAAUAAUGCAACUCGAUAUUAUAACUAAAGAAAACGAAAAAUUAGAAGCUUGUCUGUGCAAAGAAGAGACAAUCGAUGUGAAUUCAGAUGAACUCAAAGAGCUAAACAAUAAACUUUCUGUAGUAAAUAAAAAACUUUAUGAAAGUAAAAAUAGAAAUCUUGAAUUAAAAAAUGAUAUAUUAAUAGCAACAAAAAUACUUCAGCAAGAGCUUGGUGAUAAAUUCACGAGUAUAAAAGAAUUGCAAAAUGAUUUAGCAGGUUGGAAAGGUAGAGCACAGCAGAUUGUGUUAUUACAAGCCAAGAUUACGGAACUCGAAGAAAAACUAAAUGGCAAAAAUAAGGAUAUGAUGGAAUCAAAACGAAAGGAUCAAGGCCAAAUUAUUCGUGAAUUAGAAAUGAAAAGGAAAAAAGAAACGGAUCAAGCAUUGAAAGAACUCAAUGCAAUAAAAGAAGAAAAUCAGGAAUUGAAAAAGAAGUUAGAUGGGGCAAGAUGUCGAAUAAGAAAUUUGGAAUGUGAUUCCACUACUGUAAGACAAAAAAUGCAAACUUUUGUCGAAAAAAGUAACCACGAUGACCUUCUUAUAGCAGAACAAAGGAAUCAAAUUAAGAAUUUAGAAAUUUACUAUCAAGAAAUUCUAAAAGAGAAUACGUCGAAAAUGACAAAAAUGAACAACGAAAUCGUAGAAUAUCAGAAACUGAUUAAAAAUACAGAUGCGAAAAUUGAUGCUCUGAGGCAGCAAGCUUCUGAAAAAGCGACUAAAAUCGAAGAACUAAGAGCACAGCUAUUGAGAUACGAAGAAUGUUCGCUGCAGAGCGUCUUUUUCACACCAAUGAAGACAGCCACUGACAACGAAAUAAAAAAAUUAUCAGAAUUAGUUGUUACACUUAACGAAAGAUUAGAUAAUGAGCGUCACAAAUGGGAAGAAUUAGAUUUAGCUCAUAGGAAGCUAAAAGAAAAGAAUAAAAGGUUAGAAAGAAGAGUGUUUUCUUUAGAAGAUGAAUUGAGAACUUUAAAAGAAGCAUCGAGAAGAGGAUCGAGAACUACUAAAACUUUAUUAAAUAAAGAACAACAGUACGAUAUUGUAGCAUUUGGAACACCGUCAGUAAUCAAGAAACAGUCAUCCAUAGAGGUUUUUGGUAAACCAAGUGAGACAGUUUCUUCAGAAACCCCACCAGGGUAUGAAGCUCUAGAUAAAGAUGAGUUAAAAUAUAAGUUGGAGCUAGCAGAAGAAAAACUUAAAAUAAUGGAAGAUAAAUUGAAAAUGAUCGAAGAAGAGAAACAAGAUGAUUACAAAAAUUUAACAGAAAUGAUACAAACUUCAAAACAACUUUUCAACGAAGCGUUGUCAGUUUUGAAACGUGAGAAGUGUCAGUGUUCGUAAUUAUUCAUAUAAUUUAUUUGAUUAUAUUAAAUGAUUGUUUACAA